AUGGUCUCGAACGACAAUGGUGAUGGCUCAGCACGGUCGGCGAUUGGUGCCAGUGUUUCACAACAUAUCAAAAGAUGUCUAAUUUGUUCACGGAUGGCUGCACCAAUGGCUUCAACAAUAUAUCAUCAAAAGAUUGUUAAUUUGAUCAUGGAUGGCUGCACCGGUGGCUUCAACAGUAUAUCAUCAAAAGAUUUAUGUAUUUGUUUCUGGUGGAUGGAUCGAAUGAUGAUGAGAAGGACGACUGGAGAAGGUGAACGUUGGAAUGGAAAGCAAAAGUUCACGAUUGAUGUAUUUGUUACUGGUGGAUGGAUCGAAUGGUGGUGGGAAGGACGACUGGAAAACGUGAACGUUUUGGUUGGAACGAUUAGAAUCGAAAGCAAAAGUUCACCACAUUGGUUUGAAUAG